CGAGUCGCUCGUGUGCUCGCCAGCAUUGGCCACGGCCACAUGUGUCUCGCGGGUCUCGCAUACCGUUCUCGUACAGAAAAGGCUCCGUCGAAAAUGCAUCGUGUUUACGUAAUCCGCGGUAACGCGAUGCCACGCCGGUACUGGUAGACGUGCCAACAUCCAGCUGCAACGUGACGAGUGCUCGCCAUCAAGUGUGAAUUUCGCGCGGCCGCGAAUUACGUCGCGAGCUCAACGCGUAGUCGGCGACGGAAGACGAAAGACCGGAGAUAGAGAUCCCCAGGUUGCGAAGCGCCCGAGUGCCGCUAACGUUUUUCGCGACGAAUCGCGCGUAUGUUGCGCGUCCGGAAGACUUUCCGACGACCGUUCGCUCCCUGGAGGAUAGUCCCGUGAUUCGCGACGUUGCGCAGAUCGGUAGCGAGCGGCGUAAAAAGCUAACUCGCCGGGAAUUACUGUUUCGUAAAAACGUCGAGUCAGCGCGUUUGCUUAAUCUGUCGCAAAGUACGAAAAAUCUUGUUCGCGUGAACGAACGAAUUUCCGUGUGCGAUUUCCACGCGAUCUUACGACGUGAAAGUCGCGCGGAGUGUUACGUCGGGACGUAUAAGCGAGAUAUAAAAGUACUACAUCUGCUUUGUCCGAACGACCGCGUGUUCCGGCGGACCGCGCGCGCGUCUUUUUGCAAAGAGAGAGGAAGACUAUUAGAGCGAGAUUCUGCCUGACAUAUCUGCCUAUUAAAGCGGAUACUCGGAGAUAUCACCGUCGCGUUCUCUUCGUCGAGAAGAGCAGUCGCGCGCGUGACCCUCAGUAUGGAGAGGGGCAUAUGAAUCGCGAGGACGCGUACGAGGUUAGUUUGCUGGUCGCGUGAGUACGGUACGCGAGUCAUCAUUGGCCAUAAUUGCCGAUCUUGAGGGCGGAGAGACGGAUCGCUUGGGACUGAUCGCGAAAGUGACGUCCCGUCGACCGUCGACGGCGAAUCGGCGACGUAGAGUAAAUUCAUAGAUCGAAUAAAACGCGCGACCUCGUGCGCAUAAAACCUCGUGUUUUUGUCCCUUGGCAGCGUACGCCGCAAGAUGGCGGCCAAGCUGGCCAGUAACCAAGGUGGCGCUCGCAGCAACGGCGAGCGGCAGGAGGCGGGGCCUUGUCAGUCCUACGCCAGUGUAUUAAAUCCGAAGGGCGCAUCUCAAAGUCGAGCGACUUCCUUCAAGAGUAAUAAUAAAGAAAACAUUGGCGAGCAAGUAACGGCCGGGGCGCAACAGCAUCAACAAUCUCAGCAGCAGCAACAAGCAACGACGAUGGUGGAGAGAUUAAUGCCAAGCGUGGUCAAGGAUAAGUCCUAUCAAAGGAUGCCCCGAUGUCAAGUGACGCGAACGACGAUUCAAACAUCGGAUAACUUCUCGGAGAAGGAUAAUCGUUAUGAGAAUCUACCGAGAACGCUGAACGCGCGCGUCGACGGACGCCAGGACAAUGGCCAACGCGACGUUGCCGGUGAAUCGAACAACGGCGACAUUGGCAACGACGGCGAGUUUCAGACGGUCGCCCCUAAGGGCGCCCGUCGUAAGGAGAAGAUGCGCGAACAACACCGGGAAAGUCAUCGCGAGCGUCACCGGCUACGCGAAAACAAUAACCGCCAUCAGCAACAACCACGUGGUCCCAAUGGCGUCGGCAUCGGUGGCGGGGGCGUCGCUAGACGCGGCAGUGACGAGAGAUCGCACAGAGAGCGCGGCGACCGCAAUGGCGUUAUCGAACAUGGCCCGAAGGAGGCCGCCCAUCAUCACGAUCCGAACGUCGAAGCGGAGGCACAGACGACUCUAUUGCCACCGCCGGUCAAAUACGUCGAGGCCCCCUUACCGGCGGUCAACGCCUGGACAAGGAACAGGACAUCGACGCCGCAAACCGCCAAGACAUCGCAACAGCCGCUCAACGUUGUCCCCACAGUGACAUCCACGUGCGUUGACAGACAGAGUGACAGAGAGCGGAGGGUUUUACAGCCACAGCAGCAGCAGCAGCAGCAGCAGCCUCGACAGCCUCAAGACACAAUCGAAAAUGGUGUCGAAGAGAGUGCCCAGCCCACAAUUGUCAGAGCUCCCAGAGAUAGAAGAAGAUUUAAUCAAAACGCAAGUGAUUUUACGAACAUUGGAGACUGGCCCACCUUAGGAACGCAAGCAGAAAAAAAAGCAACCAUAUCUCCUUCGAAGCAAAAUGGUGUAAUCAAUGAUGAAUCAAGUACAUUUAAAACAGAUAGCACUAUAGAAAGCAGAGGCAAAGAGAAUAAGGAGCAGAACCAUUGUCAAGAUGAUAGCGAUGAGCAAACAGAUAAUGGCGAAAAGAAAAAAAAAGCGAAUAAACAAAAAUGGGUCCCACUAGAGAUAGAUCUACAAAACCGUGGCACUAUGCGAUCGCCGAGAUUUCAGAAUCACAGAGAAAGAAAUGGCGAAGCAAAUGAUGGUGAGCACUGGCGUGAACGAGAUUACGAUAGAUCGUCAGGAUAUAAUCAACGAGGACGUGGAAGAAGUUAUAGAGGUAGAGGACGAGGCGGGCGUGGCCGUGCUGGUUUUAGACAUCGACACGAUCACGAAUAUACAAAUUAUGCUACAACGGAUUAUAUACAAACACAUAAAUACGAACAUGCAGAUACUGGGUACAUGAUACCUUAUAUGGGAACUUGCUAUUUUAAUGCAAAUUAUAUGGAUAUCCCUACGCUAAAAGAAUGUAUACGACAACAAAUAGAGUAUUAUUUCUGUGAAGAAAAUCUUGUAAAAGACUUUUUUCUUCGUCGUAAAAUGAAUGCUCAAGGAUUUUUGCCCCUUACUUUGAUCGCAUCUUUUCAACGUGUGCAAAAUUUAACAAUGGAUAUAGAUUUAGUGAUAACUGCAGUUAUGGAAUCUGAUAAAUUGGAGGUGAUAGAGUUUGAAGAUGGAUACAAGAUUAGGACAAAGUUAGAUCCUUUAAAAUGGCCUAUUUCAGAUGUAUCAGCCAGCAAUGCGGUCAUCUCUACUCAUUCACAAUCGAUCUCAUCUCAAAACGAAGUAAUACAUCCUACCUCUAAAACUACAUUUUGCCCUGCUGCAAAACCUUUACUCGCGAUACCCAUUCCCGCAGUUCCUCGUGUUUUUGAAUCCCACUAUUCCGUUUCAAUGGCAAACGAGAUUUUAAAUCCUGAUGUACCAGAAUUUGUACCAAUGGACUUGACGGAAAGGACUAAUGGAUUUACUGCUAUGAAUGAAAGUAACGAAACAAGAAACGAAAUUCAAUUUGAAAAAAUAAAAGAAGAAAAUUAUAAAUUGACGAAUAGUAUAAUGCCGCCCAUUUCUCCUAAUAAUAAUUCUUCUGUAAAGAUCGACAAUACACCAGCUAUGGUAGAUUUUUCCGCUUCAGACAGUUUGUUAGAAGAACAAAUAAACAGAGAAUCAGAUACAUCAAGCGACAAUGCUUGGAAAGAAGUGAGAAGAAGAGUUAAACAAUCACACAAAGAUAAAUCUGAAGAAAAAGAAAAAUUCGAGAACAGGAGUAAAACACGAGAAGAAUUAAAUUUUCAACUUGAUGAAGAUCUCGACUCGCCGCCUCCGACAGGUCGACAUAAUGCCUUUUCGGAAUGGUCUGAUGAUGAUGAGGAUUAUUUAUCAGAUAGAGAUGUUAAUAAAAUACUUAUCUUUACGCAAACCUCAUCUAGAAAUCCAAAGCAUGAAGGUUAUGAUAGAACAGGAGAUUGGAUUACAAGAGUGAAAAUGACUCAAGAAUUGGUGCAACUUAUUAAUGACGGAUUAUAUUAUUAUGAAGACGAAUUGUGGAGGCAAAAUAAUCAAAGGUAUGGCUCAUCUUCGUCCAUUGCAAGCUAUAAGACAAUUAAUAUGAUUAGUCAAGAAGAUUUUGAAAAAAUGGCACCAAAAGUUCCGAGAAAAGCAAAUCCAGAAGUUCCACCGCCACCUCCUUCCUGUACAGAAGAUUUAGAGAUUCUACAAUCCAAUUUGUCGUUACAGCUUCCAAGUGUAAGUCUGGAAAAGAAAGAUCAUAGAUCGGAAAAGAGUCGUUGGAAUGAGAAAUCACAAACGAGAGGAGGACGAAGAAUCGCGUCUCGUUUCUUUGCCGUUGUGAAAGAACCGUCUGUUGAUCCGACAACACCACGAAAACGGAAAACUCGUCAUAGCAAUAAUCCUCCAGUGGAGCAUCAUGUUGGUUGGAUUAUGGAUGUUCGAGAGCACCGUCCGCGAACACAUUCUGUGGGAAGUAGCGCAGGUACAAGUCCUAACGAAGGCUAUCUUGCAAGCAGUUAUGGAAGUGGUCCCACUAUUAGUGAACAUCCAAGUCAUGCUUUGUUGAAAGAUAACGGAUUUACUCAACAAGCAUAUCACAAGUAUCGUUCGCGCUGCCUGAAAGAACGCAAGCGAUUAGGCAUUGGACAAUCACAAGAAAUGAAUACUCUUUUUCGUUUCUGGUCAUUCUUCUUGCGAGAAAAUUUUAAUCGUACUAUGUACGAAGAAUUCAGAACAAUAGCCAAAGAGGAUGCCUGUGAAGGAUACCGAUAUGGAGUGGAAUGUCUUUUCAGAUUUUAUAGUUAUGGCUUAGAAAAGAAAUUUAGGCAUGUAUUGUAUAAAGAUUUCGAAAUAGAAACGAUAUAUGAUUAUGAAAGUGGACAACUGUAUGGAUUGGAAAAGUUCUGGGCAUUUUUAAAAUAUUAUAAGAACUCUGAUCACCUGCAUAUAGAUUCUAAAUUGGAAGAAUACUUGUCAAAAUUCAAGAGUAUCGAAGACUUCAGAGUAGUAAAACCUCGAAUACAUGAAAUGCUCCAAGCUGCAAGAUUACGUCAUAGAAGUGUUUCCGAAAGUGCUAGAGAAGAUUCUCUGGCAGGUGUGCUAUUAGACGAUUGUAUCACACUGCCAAAUGAAAUGAAAUCUGACAGUUACAUGCAAAAAUCAUGUUUAGACUUUACAAGUUCAUCACAAUUUCGAAAUAGAGCUGGUUCCUAUGGCUCUAGUAGGCUAUGUCAUCCUCGACGACGAAAUAAUUCCGCAUCGUUGAGUGACCAGCGAGAUCUCAAUAAGCAGCAGCCUCAAAAUAGACAAAAUUCUGGUUCCUUCACGAAGCCUCACGAGGCAAACAAAUCGUAAGUCACUGCCAAAGAACGAAUUUACCCAGCUCCGAAACAAAACAAAAAAAAUAAAAAUAAAAAAAAAAACCGUCACGAUCAAGACGGAAAACUUAUUUGUCUCUCGAAAGUAAAGAGUCAUUGCACUUCGUUGAGAGGGCCGAUAUAUCGAUAUAUCUGACAUAGGCGGUGCGAUACAUAUUGUGCAAAUGUGAAAAUAUCUUCCGUACGAAACGAUAGCUAUGCGACAUCGCCUCGUUUUAAUACGCAUUAUUAGACGUAAGAAAUAAAAGUUCUGUACAGUUAUUAUGAUCUUGCGACUGACAAAUCGAUCGGAAAUUGUACUAACAACCGAUCAUCGCGUUUACUCGGCCAUCGUUCUUUCUUUUCCAAUAUAUGUAAAUACAAAGAGAGCAAAAAACUAAUAAAACUCGUGCAUAAUUUUAAUAAA